AUGCGAUCCCGCAAGCGCGUGCAGACGCCUACGGACUCUGACGAGGAAAGCGAUGGGUCCAACCAGCCAGCCAUGAGUUCUUCAAGAAAACGUCAGCGGACGAACUCAGGGAGCUCAACCGACUCGGAAUAUCCAACCUCUUCCAGCGCUGUUACUAACGCCGCGGAUUCACUUCUAGCCGUCCACGACGAUGCGCUACUCGACGACGAGGACGAGCUAGAGCUCCGCCAGACUCAGAUCAUACAAGAAAAAUACUCGCAUCUGAUAGACGAGGCCAACGUUCCCGCCGAACAUGGAAUACUCGAACGCGUUGAGUGCUACAAUUUCAUGUGCCAUGAUCACUUCUACGUCGAGCUGGGACCUCUGAUCAACUUUAUUGUUGGAAAGAACGGCAGCGGCAAGAGUGCGAUCCUGACAGCGAUCACCCUUUGUCUAGGUGGCAAAGCCUCUGCAACAAAUCGUGGCCAAAGCCUAAAAAGUUUUAUCAAAGAGGGCAAGGAGAAUAGCACGAUCAUCGUUCGCAUCAAGAAUCAAGGCGACGGUGCCUAUUUGUCAGACGAUUUUGGGAAAAUGAUUAUUGUCGAGCGACAUUUCUCCCGAAGCGGCACCAGCGGGUUCAAGAUCAAGUCAGAGAAUGGGCGCAUCGUCUCGACUAAAAAGGGCGACCUAGAUGCUAUCACGGACUACUUUUCCCUACAGAUCGAAAACCCUAUGAACGUACUCUCUCAAGAUAUGGCCCGUCAAUUCUUGAGUACAUCAAGCCCAGCCGAGAAAUACAAAUUCUUCGUCAAAGGCGUCCAGUUGGAACAGCUUGAUAACGACUACCGGCUAGUGGAGGAAUCUCUCGACUCGAUUGAAGAAAAGCUCCGGACAUCAGCCCAAGACGUACAGGUCCUCCAAAACCGCAAGGAAUUAGCCAGGAAAAAGCUCGAAAUUUCCGACCAGCACGAUUCUCUGCGAAAACGGAUCAGAAAUGUCCGAGGCCAGAUGGCUUGGGCUCAAGUUGAAGAGCAAGAAAGAAUGGAAAUCUCACUCACCGAACAAAUCGCAGAGGCAGAUCGGAAAAUUGCUGAGGCCGAGUCUCGCCUCACUCGGUUUGAUGCUGCCUUUGAUGGAUUCGCCGCGGAGGAAACAGCCGCGGGUGAGCAUUCCUGGCGAGCUGCCGUGGCAGUGAAUGAGGCCCAAGAUGAAAGGGACAAAAUAAAAGAAAAAUUGGACGCUGAGAUGGCCGGCCGACACGACCUACAGGCGGAACAACGCCAGAUUAGGGAAUACCUCAAAGCGGCCGAGUCGCGAAUCCAGGAAACCCAGCAAAAAGUCGAUGCUGAGAACCAACGCCUCGCUGAUGUGAGCGGUGGCGGCUACGCUCGAAGACAAGCCGAGUGUGAACAAGCCGCCAAUGACGCUUCUGCUGCCCAAAAGGAAUACGAAGAGCAUCGCCAAGGUGCCACUCGCCUACGGGAAGACGCUGAAGCCGCCGAAAGAGAUUUCACAGAAGCGAAAGGUCCGGUUGAACAGAAAAAACGCGAGAUUGGUCAAGCGGAGAACCAACUUCGGAAUCUCACUAGAGAAGGCGGAUCGAGACAAUCCGGCUUCCAUGCCAAAAUGCCUGCACUCCUCAAAGCCAUUCAACAGGAACAAUCAUGGGAGUCACGCCCUGUUGGCCCAAUUGGUCACCAUGUCACUCUGCUGGAACCGAAGUGGUCGUCUAUUUUGGAAAGAGUGUUUGGUGGCACGCUUGCUAGCUUCAUCGUUUCGUCCAAAAAUGACAUGAAGCUUCUUUUCGAUAUCAUGCGGCGGCAACUGUCCAAUCUUCAUUGGCUCUGGUGGCCAUUUGGAUACCUCGGCACACGAACCAGAUCCCCAAUACAAGACUGUUUUACGAACACUUCAGGUAGCCAGCUUCACCCCUUCCACGAUUUAUGGAAUGUGCUGACCUUUCAGAUCGACAACGAAUUAGUGCGGCGACAACUGAUCAUCAAUCAUGGGAUUGAACAAAUGCUGUUGAUCGAGGAUGUAAAUGAAGCCUCCGCUGUACUAUUCGACGGUGCACGGCCAAGAAAUGUUAAGCGUUGUUACUCCAUUGACCCAAAAGAUCGACGUCGUGGACUCCACCUUUCAUACAGCCGAGCCGGAGAACCCAGUCAGGCUCCUGUUAUGGGGUGGACCGACGGCCCGCGUAUGAAAUCCGACGUGGCCUUGCAAAUAAACGCACAACGCGACAUUAUUGCCGACCUUCAACGCCAACAGAAGGACAUCGAACAGUCAUUGCUAACUGCCCGGUCACGCGUCGAGGCCUGCAAACAGGCAUCAGCACGACAUGUAAGAACUGAGAAAGAUCUGCAAAUUCAAAUGCAACGAAUGGAAGAUCAUGCCGAGGGACUCAGAGACGCCUUGGACAAAGAGAACGCUGAAGAUGGCCGCAUUGAUGCCCUUCUGGCAGCAUUGAAGGAAGCCGAAGACGAGAAGCAACUCAAUGAGGGAUCAUACAAGGAUAGCGAGGCAGCCAUGAAAGCCACAUUGCAGACUCUCAAAGAAAUUCGGCGGGAACUAUCCGCCAAAGACUCUGAGCUUGGAACCCUCCGGGAAAAGCUACAAGUUGCUGAAAGCGAGCAAAAUCUUGUGAAAACCAAACAAGCCAAAAUCCUCGACGAGAAGAACGAAGCUGUUGGACUUAUUGACCAAGAUAAACAGACCAAGGCUGCAAUCGAGGCGAGAAAAGAAGUGGUCAAAGCCCGGGUGAUUGAAUACAAUGAAAAGGCCAACUUGGUUUCUCCUCGAGUUCCAGUGGAUGAAGGAGAGACACCUGGCAGCCUCGACAAAAAGCUUGACAAACUAAGCCGUGAUCUAGAUCGUUACAACUUGGAGUUGGGGAGUUCUCGGGAGGAAAUUGCUGCUGAUGCAACAAGGACCGCAGCAACCUAUGAUCGAGCCUUGCAGCAGCUUGAACAAUUUUCGGCCCUGAGUCAGGCCCUGAAAAAUACCCUUCAGAACCGUAAGAAGCGAUGGGAAAUCUUCAGAUCCCAUAUCUCGUCUCGAGCCAAAGCUCAAUUCACCUAUCUCUUGAGUGAGAGAAGUUUCCGUGGUCGGCUAUUGGCUGACCAUACCAACAAACUUCUGGAUCUACAAGUUGAACCGGAUAUUACCAAAGAUGAUAGCACCGGGAGAGGUGCAAAGACACUGUCCGGUGGAGAGAAAUCAUUCUCGCAAGUUUGUCUGUUGUUGUCUCUCUGGGAAGCUAUGGGAUCUCCGAUCCGUUGUCUUGAUGAAUUUGAUGUGUAUAUGGAUCAUAUCAACCGAAAGAUGGCGAUUGACAUGCUUAUGGUUGCCGCUAGAAGAUCUAUCGGGCGACAGUUCAUUCUGAUCACCCCUGGUAGCAAGACCGACAUCACCAUCUCUGCGGAUGUCAGAGUGAAAGAGUUGGCAGAGCCAGAACGUGGCCAAACGACACUAAGCUUCCGACGCUGA